AUAGCCACGUGUCAAAAUCUAAUAGAAAACUUAGGUAGGUUAGGAGGGGAAUAGCUUAGGAGAGGAUCCUCUCCUUAGGAGUGACGGGGUAUAUCAGACAGAUAAGCAAUCCAACGGUCCCGGUAUCUCAUCCACAUGGUUGAGCCGGUACAGACGCAGGCACUGCAUCACCACCCGUUUUCAUUAUCUUCUUCUCCCUCCAUUUCCAACGCGGCAAACCCGGCCACCAGAAUUGGAGAGCGAAAAUCCGAUGGACCACGCCAUUCCCUGCAACCCCUGCAUUCCUCUGUACCGGAAGCCCACGCUCCGCCGCCGAAUCACUUGGCCGACCAGCACCACCGUUCGCCACUCCAAUACAACAAAAUGGCGCCGCAAUACGACGUCGUCGGAGCUCCAAAUGCCCGUAGAAGUGAACGACCGGACGAGUAGCGACUCUGCUUCAGUCCCGACGCACAAAGUCACCGUCCACGACAGACAACGCGGCGUGGUCCACGAGUUCUUCGUCCCAGAGGAUCAGUACAUAUUGCACACUGCUGAGGCACAGAACAUCACUCUUCCAUUCGCUUGCCGGCACGGUUGUUGUACUAGUUGUGCUGUACGUGUGAAGUCUGGAAAACUUAACCAGCCUCAGGCACUAGGGAUAUCUGCUGAAUUGAAAUCAAAGGGAUACGCACUUCUUUGUGUGGGUUUUCCAUCAUCUGAUCUUGAAGUAGAAACACAAGAUGAGGAUGAGGUAUACUGGCUUCAAUUCGGGAGAUAUUUUGCACGGGGUCCAAUUGAAAGAGAUGAUUAUGCAUUGGAGUUGGCAUUGGGUGAUGAAUAAGCAAUGUAGAAUACUUGAUUUUGGAGAUAGGAUCUACUGAGUAAAAUAUGACAUCUGUAUGUUGUAUCCCUUGCCCUAAAUUUUUCUUUACUCUGAGUGUACAUCCGUGUUGGUUGGCUAGUGGAUUGGACAAAUUGUUUUAACUAUAUUUGAAUUGUCAAGGUUGUUUAGCCAAUGCCAAUCUACCAGUAGCAGUUAUUUUAGAAA